AUGGCUUCCAAACAAUCUGCCUUGGACUUUCUGUCCUUUGUGAAUGCUGCUCCUACGCCUUUCCAUGCCGUCCAUGAAGCCAAAGAGCUUCUAGCUAAGGCUGGAUUCCAGGAAAUCAAGGAGAAAGACUCCUGGGCAUCAACCUGCAAGCCGGGAGGCAAGUACUACUUGACCCGCAAUACCACUACCCUGGUAGCUUUUGCGAUCGGCAAGCAGUGGCAGCCUGGUAACUCUAUCUCCAUGAUUGGAGCCCACACUGAUUCCCCAGUGUUGAGGGUUAAGCCUGUGAGCAAGAAGAGCGGGGAAGGCUUCGUGCAGGUCGGUGUCGAGACCUACGGUGGAGGCAUCUGGCACACAUGGUUUGAUCGCGAUCUCGGUGUGGCUGGUCGUGUGAUGACGCGCGCGAGCGACGGAUCCAUUGUCCAGAAGCUUGUCAAGAUUGACCGCCCUAUCCUUCGCAUCCCAACUUUGGCUAUCCACUUGGAUCGCCAGGAGACCUUCUCUUUCAACAAGGAAACCCAGCUUUUCCCUAUUGCUGGCCUGAUUGCUGCUGAGCUCAACCGCACCGGAGAGGCCAAGGCCCCGGAGGCGGACAAGGAUGCUGAUUUCUCGCCUCUGAAGUCAGUGACUGAGCGUCAUCAUCCCUACUUUGUCGAGCUGAUUGCUGCCGAGGCCGGGGUCAAGCCCGCGGACAUUUUGGACUUUGAGAUGAUUCUCUUUGACACCCACAAGUCCUGCCUCGGCGGUAUGCUGGAGGAGUUCAUCUUCUCCCCUCGCUUGGAUAACCUUAACAGCACUUUCUGUGCCACUGUCGGUCUCAUUGACUCCGUCGCCGAUGCUUCUGCCCUCGAGAAUGAGGAUGCCAUUCGCCUGAUUGCUCUGUUUGAUCACGAGGAAAUUGGUAGCCGCACAGCACAGGGUGCGGACUCGAACAUUCUGCCGUCGAUUAUCCGCCGCUUGUCUGUUCUUCCCUCCACCUCUUCCAAGGAUGCGGAUCUGUCGACAGCUUAUGAGCAGACUCUGUCCACCUCCUUCCUUGUUUCUGCUGAUAUGGCCCACUCAAUCAACCCCAACUACUCCGGCAAGUACGAGCCGGACCACAAGCCGGAGAUCAACAAGGGCCCCGUUAUCAAGAUCAACGCCAAUGCCCGCUAUGCAACCAACUCUCCCGGUAUUGUCUUGUUGGAGGAGAUUGCACGCAAGACCACCAAGGAGACUGGCGAGCACGUUCCCCUGCAGCUGUUCGUUGUCCGCAACGACUCAAGCUGUGGUAGCACUAUUGGCCCCAUGCUGUCUGCUGCAUUGGGUGCCCGAACUCUUGAUCUGGGCAACCCCCAGCUGAGUAUGCACAGUAUCCGUGAGACUGGAGGUACUCACGAUGUCGCUCAUGCCAUCCGUCUCUUCACUGGCUUCUUCAAGCACUACUCCGAGUUGUCGAAGACCAUUCUUGUGGAUUAA